UUCUGAAGUUCAGUUCAAAACUAGAAGAAACAAUCUCUUUGUAACUCUUAGCGUGUUUGGAAUAUUUGUAAAGACCGAUACAGAAGGUCUAGAGAUUUUCUGUUCCAUAAAUAAAAACUACCAGAGAUACAAGUCUGUUGUUCCUAGAUUGUGAACAACAUAUUGGUUAUUGAAUUGCAUGUUUGACUGUAUCACGAAAUUUGUUUUCUACGGAUUGUAUGCUUUUCUAAAUUGGGCACAUAAAAACGCGCACUCGUAGUUUCGAAAUACUGAAAAUCACUAUUUUCAAUAAAUAAAGUCUCGAUUGAAACAUAUUUGGCAGUUUCUUUAUUCAUGAUGAACACAAAUAAAGCUUGUGCUUCUUGCUGCGAAGUCGUUUAUCCUUUGGAAUUGAUAAGAUGCUUUGAUCAGUGUGCAAGUAAAGUUCAGCGAAUUUUUUUGAUUGACAUAUUGUUAGUCCAGCCACCUGGACCAUUCAGCUUUUAACUUUUUAACAUUAAUUUCAGCAUUUUGAGGUCUGCAAAUUCAAAAUUAUUUUCUUUAAAUAUGAACAGAUGAAAACCGAGAUUAACGAUAUUUUUCAGCAUUUGGUAUCUAGAUUAAUGCAAAUGUAUGGCACAGAAGAUGUUUCCGUUGUCAGCACUGUGGGAUGGCCUUGAGCAUAUGUAACUACCAUGGUGGGUAUGAUAAGAAGCCAUAUUGUGCAGCACACACUCCAAAGCCGACCUCAUUUACAUUCAUUCCGGAUACACCAGAACUGUUGAGAGUAGCUAAUAAUACAAGAAUGUUUAGCAGUGCAAACAGUAUUCGUUCGGGACGAAGCUCUGGAUUUGAUGAACGCUCUUCACCACAAUCAUAUAGACGUAGUGCUUCAUACUACAAUAGUUAUACACCACCACCUACUCGAUUUGGAUUAAGCAAUCACUGCACUUCACCACAUACUUUUUCAAAUUCGUCAGGCAUAAAUUCUAGAUCAUUAUCAAAUAGUGGUGGAUGUCACCUUAAAAUCGAUCCAAUCAAUCAUCAUCAUCAUUAUGAUCAAGGGCAUACACCACCAACAAACCACAAUGGACUAAGUCGCUCUGGUUCUUGUCAUUCAGUUAUUAUUACUCCUACAGGUUUUCCGCCUGGAACUAAUAAUAACACUGUUGGUGGCAAUGUAGGUUCUACAGAAACUAUUAAUAUACCUAGAGGUUCGACAGUUAACCUAAACUUUCAUGGUCAUACACACCAAAAUUCAGGAUUUGGUGGGACUUUUGUUGCACAGUAUGGUUACGAAGCUAAAGAAGACGAUGAAGUUACUUUUAAAUCUGGUGAUAUUAUUGUGAAUGGUGAACCUAUUACUGAAGGUUGGAUGUAUGGUACUGUUCAACGUACUGGAAAAUUUGGAAUGCUUCCAUCGAAUUAUGUUAAACCAUACCGUUAAACAAUUUCAAUGAUUACAGUUACUAUUUAUGACUAUGAAUAAGUUUUUUUUCUCUUUUAUUUUAUUUGUAUCUUUAAUUCAGGUAGCUUUUCUUCUUCUUUUUUUUAUUAUAAUCUUAUAAACCUAUAUAACUAUUAUAAUAACAUAUCAAUAGAGUUGAUUUUGAACAGACAAUAAUUUUUGACAAAAUUCAUUAGGAAAUAACGUUUUAUUUUCUUUUUAUUCAAAAAACUUCUCAAUAAUAUUUCAUAAAGUCUUUUCAAAUGAUUCGAACAAAUUAUAAAAUCCAAUAGUUUUCAUUGUGUUGCUAUGACAACAUUAUUAAAAGGUUUAUAACAUAGAAAUAUUAUAGUUUUUUUGAAUUCCUAUCACAUAGUCAUCUUUUAUUCAGUCUAUGUAAGGAAACAAUUACAAUAUACAUAAGUAAUUGAAUGACAUUCAUCAAUCCUUCGUUUACAUAUCCUUAUUAAACAAUAAAAUUAUAUUCGAUUUUAUAUUUCGUCACUUUCAUUAUUAUUUAGCUUUUUAUAAGCUACUUAUAUAUAUACUUCUUUUUUUCGAUAUACACUUUUAUGUCUGUAUGUGUACUUGGGUACCUAAGACAACUAUAAUAAUGAACAUAAUAGUUAUAAUGUCAAACAUAGUUUUAAUCCAAUUAAUACCUGUUUACACUUUUUUUUAUCACUCUUUUAAUGACACAUUCCCAGAUUGUUUCUAAGCCUUUCAUUGCUUUUUGAAAAAAUAAAAAAUGUUUGAAUGUAUUGAUUUUAUGUUGUUUAUCAUUUGUGUUUCUUUUUUUGUUUUUCUUUUUUGUUUUUGUUUCUGUUUGUUUGUUAUAAUUCAUAAUAAUAAUUUUUUUUACUAAAUUGACAUAUAUUCAUUUAUAAUGUUUAUGAUUUAUCUUUUUUUUUUUAUUCAUUAACUGUCAUUUGAAUAUAAAAGCUCCUGUUCUGACAUUCCAAAUCAUCAUCAUCAUCAUUUGAAUAAUAAUGAAUCAUUCAAGAGUCAAUAUGCAUUAAAUGCGGUCAUGUUAUAACAUAAUAGCAC